AUGUCUACCAACUACGACACGUCGAAUCUUUUCUCGGUGACUCGAGAAGGAUCGCUGAAAGAGUUGUCGAGAGAGAUCAAAAUUCCCGAAUCCCCAAUGAUGGACGGGAAAUUCCGGCCGAGGGUUCACGUGUUUGGCCCAUUCGAGCAAAUGCUGGGCCGAAGCCGAAAGCGCGGCGCCACCGGCAGGGCCGUCAUCUCAACGCUUCUCUUCGUCCUUGUGCUCGUCGUUUUCUUCGCCAAAUUCUUCUAUAUUAUGAGCAAUGAUGCUAAAGCAUUCACCGUGAUCUGGGCUGAAUCGAACAUGGAAACGGGGGUUUCCUGUUCA